CACACGUCACUCAAACGCUCAAAGUAAAGCAGUAAAGUAGAGGAUCCAGUUUGCAUGAGGAAGUUGUCGGGUAAUUUGUGAGUGCACUGGGACAGUGAGCUGGGAAAGAUUCCUCGUUUUGAUUUUUACAGUGAUUUCACAGUUCGUCUUGGGUCAGAACGGAGGGGAGACACGACAGUUCACCCAUGCAGGCUUUCGAUAAGGACGUUCUGGACAUGACUUGUGAAGAUGUUUAUGACAUUUCUUACGUGAUCGGCAGAGAUUUAUUAAAAGUCAACACAGGCAGCCGGGAGUUCUCGGACUUACAGUUCAAAAUCGUCCGUGUGUUGGAGAUGUUUGAGACCAUGGUGAACAAAUACAACCUGUCUGUGGAGGAGCUGAGGAUGGAGCUGGAGAAUAUGAAGCGAGAGACGGAGAGAGUUGUAGCGGAAGGUUCGAGUGGUGCUGUUAACACUCAGACUGCUGGGCCAAACCAACUAGUCGUGGACUUAAAAGACCCAAACCGACCACGAUUCACCAUGCAGGAGUUAAAGGAGGUUCUGCAGGAGAGAAACAAACUCAAAGCCCAGCUGCUGGUGGCCCAAGAGGAGCUACAGCUCUACAAGAGUCAGAUUGAGCGUCUGCUGUGCUUGCAGUGGGGUCCUGGGAUCAGAGCAGAAGAUGGUGGAAGUGAACCUGGAGACCCUUCCUCAGUCAGAAGCCGCACCCUCCAGCGUUACAGAGGAGAACAAAGAGAAGAGCACCAUUCAGAAACUAUUCUCGUUUCGACAAAAAUAGUGGCCAGGAUUUGGCUCAAACUAAAACACAUUUGAGACAAGCAAAGCCCCUUGAGACCGGCUGAGGAGAGAUGGGAAGAAGAGAGCUCGCUAUUUUUUUAACAAUACUGACCCAUUUGUGGCUGGAAAUCCUCUUACUCAGUGUUUUUAACUGUGUAUUUUUUUUUUAACUCUGUAACUGUGUUUGUUACUGAGUGUGAAGCCAAACAUGAAUAACUAGAUGUCAGAAAUGUCCCUCUGAACACUAGCUCUAAUAGCUAACAUACAUUUGCAGACUAUUUGAAGCAUACUAGAUUUUCAUUAACAUUCUUCCAUUACCACAGUGUCUUUUACUGAAAUAUUAUAUGACAUUAUUAGAAUCAAUUGUACAUCAGUCAUUUUCUGAAUAGCACAAAGACACAUUUAGGGACUAUUUUGGUGACAGUACUAAACCUAAUUAAAUCUGCUGAAACGCAUUGAUUUGCCACAUAUAUGCCAGACGAGGCUCUGAGAUCUUAUUUGAGUGCUUACUGAAUUAGAAAACCUCUUCAGUCUGUAUCUGUUGCAAUGGCUGACAAGCUUUAGGACAAAACUAUCCAUAUGAUUUUGCACUUUCUAGUUCUAAUUAAAAAAAAAAAAACAAGGGAACAUUAGGAGUUGUAGGGUUAAAAUUGAGGUACUUCAACUAAAAUGCCAAAAAGUCUGAUGUAUGAGGUAAUGUGUAGUGCACUGAAUCUUAUGUGAAGUGGUAAAUUGUGGGUCAUAUGAAGGUAAAAAUUCACUUUUAUUGGCUGGCAGUAUUAGCUGUAAUUAAGUAGAUAGACUGGACAAAUCUUAUGUUUUUCUGCAGUAGCAGGUGUUAAGAAACGCUGUUCUGAGUACAUGGGCCUUAAUGGAUUUAAUAGAGUUGCAUUAACAUAAAAUGCAUGAGAUUGAAUUAUUUAAAUUGUUAGACAUAAAACUAUAUUUGGCAAUCUUACACAAGUUCUCUUUCCUUUUCCUUGAAGGAUCUAAAAAUCUAAAUCUUACAGUCAACUAUUAUUCCUUUGCUUUUAUAAGGACUUGUAUUACUUCUUGAUCUGAAGAAUCGUGUAUAUAUAUAUAUACAUACAUAUAUAAAGGUUUUUUGAGUCAGAGAUCUGAUCUGGUGUUUUCCCCCCAUAUUUGUUUGUAUGUUUCCUGUAUAAUGUUAUGUUUGAAAUGCAAUAGAAAUCUUGUCACUUUUUUUUUUUUUUUUUUAAGUAUAAUGUCUCUAUGAAUUGUGGAAUUACAGUAGUUAUGUUUUGAGAAGUUAGGCUUUGAAGAUGAAUUAAUUUAAAUCAAAUGUAUUUGUGAUUAAAGAAACUGUCUAAAAACAA